AUGUUUCACCUCAACGCUUCCGCCGUGAGAUCCGGGAUGGCCAUGUUCAUCUUGUCAAUGGACGGGAUGUUCUGGGCCCCGAUGGUGGUUCUAACUCUUGGAAUACCCUAUUACGUGGCAAGCGGCGGCCCAAUACCAACGCCAGGGAAGGAAGCCAAAGUGCCUGGUGUCGAAGGAACCUACGCCGCUAUCAUCGACAAUCCGGAGAGCCCCAUGGAAGUCUACAAGAUGAUGCCGCGCGGUAAACUUAGUAUCAUCGUUGCUGUGCCCCCGAACGGGUCAGAGGUCAGCAUGACCUCUACCGAAAUCCCAUGGUCUGUCUUCAAGGCGUAA